GGCCGUGGAGUGAGAGUCCAAGUGGCGGCUAGGGUUAGGGUUUUAGGAUCUCAUCUCACCGCGCGCCGCCACCUCGUCUUCUACCUUUCCGCCUCUAAACCCUCCCUCGUCGCGUAUGAUCCGGCUAUCGUCCCGUUGAUUGAUGGUGGGCUCGUCACCGGCGGCGUUGUUGUGAGAGGAGCCGGGUGCUUGUUUGAGAGGGGAUUGUGUGAUUCGUGGCGCGCGCGUGCGUGGGCGGGAGAGGGGGAGGAUACGAUGGUGACGAACAACCAGUUCGACCUGCUCGUCGAUGUCGACAAUGACGACCCCUCGCAUCUGAUCGCCGCCGCCGAGAAGAUGAAGAAGGCGGCCGCGGCCGCGUCGCCCGCGCCGGUCGUCCAGGCAAGGCUGCCCACCAAGCCGCCGCCGCCCGCGCAGGCUGUAAAGGAGUCCAGGAACUAUGGUGCUCCAGCCCGCGAUGGGGCAGGCCAGAAUGGACCAGGGCAUGCCAAUGGUGGUUUCCGCGGAGGCAGGAUGGGCCAAAGGCGUGAUUUUGGUGAGGGUGAUACCAAUGGUGCUAGCGGUUUUAGGGAUGGAAUAGUGAGGAGGGAGGAAGGUGAGCGCAGGCCUUCAGAAAGGGGCCGUGGACCGCGCCAGCCUUACCGUGGUGGCGGCCGACGUGGUGGCUACACUGGUGGGGAGGCUGGGGAUGAGUCUGGCCGUGCCCCUUACCGUGCCUAUGAACGUCGCAGCGGCACAGGCCGAGGGUACGAAACGAAACGUGAAGGAGCAGGCCGUGGUAACUGGGGAACUGUCACCGAUGAAUCCCUCGCCCAGGAAUCUGGUGAGGUUGUUAAUAUUGAAGUGGCUGCUGCCGUGACUGAGGAUGAAACCAAGCAGGAAGAUGUGCCACAAUCUGAAGUUGAGAAACGCAAGGAGGGUGAAUCAAAUGAAGAGGAAGAAAAGGAACCUGAAGAUAAGGAGAUGACUUUGGAGGAAUAUGAGAAAGUACUGGAGGAGAAGAGGAAAGCUUUGCUUUCACUAAAGGCUGAGGAGAGAAAGGUUGUUGUAGACAAGGAAUUGCAGUCAAUGCAACAGCUGUCAGUGAAGAAGGAUUCUGAUGAGGUGUUCAUCAAGCUGGGUUCUGAUAAGGACAAAAAGAAAGAAAAUGUUGAAAGAGAUGAACGCACCAGGAAGUCCCUUAGCAUCAAUGAAUUCCUGAAGCCGGCUGAAGGUGAAAGAUACUACAGCCCAGGUGGGCGUGGGCGUGGGCGUGGUAGAGGCCGUGGUGACCGUGGAGGAUUCCGGGAUGGUUAUAGCUCUCGAGGACCGGUUGCUGCACCGGCAAUUGAAGAUCAAGCACAGUUUCCUAGCUUAGCUGGGAAAUGAGUGUACUCGCUGCUGUUAUGAUAUCUGCACGCGUUGGUUGCUGCAUCAGUUCUGUACUGUGGCUAUCUCGCAUGCAUAUCUCAGCCAAAAAAAAUUCUUGUUGGAGGUUUUGUGUUGCUCGGUGGAGUUCUUCAGACAGUUAUUGUUUUUUUAUUUCGUGUUGUCAAUUAGUUGGGACUGCUUUUGCAAACAAUCCAGCUCCAUUUCAAAAAUAUAGGAUCAAUAUUUUGUUUUCAUAUGAUAAGAGUUUGAC